ACGGCCGACCCUCCAGGCACAUGAACCCGCUUCGGGCCCUCGUUGCCGUAGUGUGUAGCGUAGUGCAACACGGCUCGCCGUCGAUAGUCACCUCAAAUUACGUCAGGUCGGUCGCCACCUUCUGUCCCUUGAAAAGGGAGCGGAAUCCUGUCUGGGGAUCGAAGAAGCACGCGGCCAGGAGGAAGGUGCAGCUGCAGUCGGCUGUGCUGGCCAUGGACCCCGCGGUGGAGGAGCAGCUGGCCCCGCUGAGGGCGCGCUGCAAGGAGCAGGGUGACCUUGUAAGGAAGUUGAAAGCAGAUGGAGCAACUGAGAUUGAUAUUAAACGUGAGGUUCUGGAGCUGAAAGCCAGAAAGAAGGAGCUGGAGGACACAAUACUUAAGCUGAGUCCACCCGAUACCUUUGAUCGUGCCAAGAUGAACGACCUUAUCAAACGGCGUUUCUUCUAUGAUAAUUCCUUUGCCAUUUAUGGUGGAAUUACUGGCCAGUAUGAUUUUGGACCCAUGGGAUGUGACCUGAUAGAUAAUAUGAUGUCUGAGUGGCACAAGCAUUUUGUCAUUCAAGAACGCAUGUUGAAGGUCAACUGUUCCAUCCUUACUCCAGAACCUGUUUUAAAGGCUUCAGGUCAUGUUGACAAGUUUGCUGACUACAUGGUCAAGGAUGUUGUGACUGGUGAAUGUUUCCGUCUUGACCAUCUGAUUAAGCAACAUUUUGAGAAGAUAAAGAGUGAUAAGAAAACAUCUCAAGAGGAGAAGGAGACCAUUGAAAGAAAGACUACUUUACUUGAUGGCAUGACUAUGGAGGAAAUGGAUAAAAUUGUGAAGGAUUACAAAAUGAAGUCUCCAUUGACUGGAAAUGAUCUAACUGAUGCUGUAGAGUUUAAUCUCAUGUUCCCCAUUUCAAUAGGCCCAUCUGGAGCAUUAAAAGGUUUCCUACGACCAGAAACUGCUCAGGGUAUUUUCGUGAACUUUAAGAGACUACUUGAAUACAAUCAAGGGAAAUUACCUUUUGCUUGUGCACAGGUUGGCAAUGCUUACCGAAAUGAAAUCUCACCCAGAACUGGUCUGUUGCGAGUUAGAGAAUUCAUGAUGGCAGAAAUUGAACAUUUCUGUGAUCCAGAUGACAAGACCCAUCCAAAAUUCAGUCAGAUUGCAGACUUGCAGAUGAGAUUUUACUCAGCCUGUGCACAGAUGGAUGGUGAAUCGGAGAAGAUGAUGACCAUUGGAGAAGCAGUGCAUGGGUCAGGACCACCAUCCUUGGGUACGCUUUCUACACCUUCAGAACUUGGUGCUCUGGACUUCUUACUGAGUAACCAAAGUUAUAUCCUUGGCCAUGAGCCAACUCAGGCAGAUGUGACAGUAUAUGAAGCUUUGAAAGAAUCUCCUCCCUCAUACCUUCCUCAUGCAGCACGAUGGUACCGUCAUUUAGACAGCUUUAAGGCAUCUGAAAGACAGAAUUUCACAGGCAAGAUUCAGAGAUUGGAAGAGCUAACAGGAGGCAAAUACAAGGGCAUGGUUGCAAAUGAGACUCUUGGCUACUACAUGGCUCGCAUUUAUCAGUACCUUCUGAAGAUAGGUAUCAGUCCCAAGAAACUUAGAUUCAGACAGCAUCUAAGCAAUGAAAUGGCACAUUAUGCCUGCGAUUGUUGGGAUGCAGAGUGCCUUACUUCAUACGGCUGGAUUGAGUGUGUAGGCUGCGCAGACAGAAGUGCAUAUGAUCUUGGCCAACAUUCUAAAGCAUCAGGUGUAAGGUUAAGUGUUGAGAGACCCUUGAAGGAGCCUCGCAUUGUGGAUGCAGUUGUAGCUGUACCAGACAAGGGAAUUGUUGGAAAGACUUUCAAGAAGGAUGCCAAGGCAGUCCAAGAAGCUCUUGCUUUACUUUCAAAUGAAGAGGCUGAGAAGAUGGACAAAGCUCUAAGUGAAGCUGGGGAAUAUGAAUUGAAUGGCUUCAAGUUAACAAGAGCUAUGGUGCCUAGCUUUAAGAGAGAACAAAAGAAGGUCCAUGUGGAAGAUUAUAUUCCAAGUGUUAUUGAGCCUUCCUUUGGUGUGGGCCGAGUCCUGUAUAGCCUUCUGGAACAUUCCUUCAGAGUAAGAGAAGAUGAUGACAAGAGGACCUACUUUUCACUGCCACCUAUUGUUGCACCUGUUAAAGUAUCUGUUCUGCCUCUCUCAAAUAAGCCUGAGUUUAUUCCCUUCACCGUCCAGCUAUCAAAUGCCCUGACUGAACUAAAUAUCUCGUCAAGAAUUGAUGAUUCAACUGGAUCAAUUGGCCGUCGAUAUGCUCGAACAGAUGAGAUUGCCAUUCCUUUUGGAGUUACCAUCGACUUCGAUACCUUUAAUAACACGCCACACACAGUAACACUACGAGAGAGAGACAGCACUGAGCAAGUCCGCAUGCCA